ACUGAUCGCAGAGAAACACAAGUCUUCUUCUCAUACAAGUUGACAGAUAAACUACAACCCUCUACUUUCUCUGAGUUCCGUUUCUUGUUCAGACAUUAAAGAACCAAGUGAGUUUUGUCUACCUUAUUCCUUAGAAGUAAAGAAGAUGCAGGUCGUCGCCAACUUCGAUUUCCAGCCUUCGCCGUUCUCUCACGCCACCGGUGAGAUGCUCAUUUCUCCGGUAGGCCACCGGGACGAAUCUUUCGUUAACUUCACCGACGCGCUUGAAGGCGCCAGUGAUGACUCGCCUCCUAGCGUGGCCGCGGUGAAAGUACAGAAGGUUUACAGGAGUUAUCGCACGCGCCGGAGAUUAGCGGACUCCGUGGUUGUCGCCGAAGAGCUCUGGUGGCAAGCGAUGGAUUAUGCGAGGUUAAAUCAUAGUACGAUUUCAUUCUUCGAUUACUCGAGACCUGAAACUGCAGUUUCCAAAUGGAAUCGUGUGAGCUUGAAUGCCUCUAAGGUGGGCAAGGGUCUGUCCAUAGUCGACAAAGCUCAAAAACUAGCCUUUCAGCAUUGGAUUGAAGCAAUUGACCCUAGGCACCGGUAUGGACACAACCUACAUGUGUACUAUGAAGAAUGGUGUAAAGCUGAUGCUGGCCAGCCAUUUUUCUACUGGUUGGAUGUUGGAGAUGGGAAAGAUAUGGAUCUUAUAGAUUGUUCAAGGUCGAAACUUAAGCAGCAAUGCAUCAAAUAUCUUGGCCCUCAAGAGAGGGAAGAGUACGAGUAUGUGAUCAUCGAUGGGAAGAUUGUUCACAAGUUAACCGGAAAUUUUCUACACACCAUGCACGGAUCUGAGGGAACAAAAUGGAUCUUUGUUAUGAGUACUUUCAAGAAACUCUAUGCCGGUCUGAAGAAGAAAGGAAGGUUCCAUCACUCAAGUUUUUUGGCUGGAGGAGCGACACUAGCCGCAGGGAGGGUGGUCGUUGACAAUGGAGUCCUCAAGACAAUCUCUGCAUACAGUGGACAUUACAGGCCGUCAGAUGAUAGUCUGGAAACCUUUCUCUCGUUUCUUCGGGAGAAUGAAGUCAGCUUAGACGAUGUUGAGGUGCACAAAGCUAGUGAAGAUUCAGACAAUUACGACGACUAUAUUAAACCCAAUGGAGAUGGAACCAAAUCUUUGAAGAAAGAAUACGCAACGUCAUGCAAUGCAGAGACUGAAACGGAUGAAAACAGUAACGGAACAUUUGAGGAGACUAAAGGGCAUAGUUACCAGAGAACGCUAUCAGGUGGGUUUGAGAGCCCAAAAGAUGACGUUCCACAGAAAGCAAUGCUACAAAGGAUCAACUCAAAGAAACAGUCAAAAUCUUUACAGUUGGGUCAUCAGUUGAUGCUGAAAUGGUCCACUGGAGCCGGUCCAAGGAUCGGUUGUGCAGCUGAUUUUCCGGUUCAGCUGAGAACACAGGCUUUGGAGUUCGUUAACUUAUCGCCUCGAUACCGGACCAGCACGUUGUCUCCGACCGGGAGGCUUGAUAUCUGAUCAUAUGUUUUCCUUGUUCUUUAGUAGCGUUCAUCGUAAUCUUCUGUGACUUGAUUAACGCGUGAGUUUUAUCUAUCUUAUUUUUGAUGUGUGUGUGUGUGUGUGUUUUUUUUAAUGUUUUCCACCUGGGAUGUUGUGAAGCAGACAGUUAAAAAAAAAAAAAAAAAAAAAAAAA